CAUAACUUACCUUAGCGAACCCCGCACACGUGUUUGUUUCAUCAGCCGAGCUUCGUUGAGAAAGACUUGGUAUCUCUCCCACCUCAACGGGUAUAGACCAAACCAGACUUCUUUUACAGUUAUCAGAAUGUGCGGUAUAUGGGCCUUGUUUGGUAGCGAUGAGUGCCUUGCAGUUCAGUGCACUAAUGCCAUGAAAAUCGCUCAUCGCGGUCCAGACGCUUUCCGCUUUGAGAAUGUCAACGGUUUCACCAACUGCUGCUUCGGCUUUCACCGCCUCGCUAUUGUGGACCAGCUAUACGGCAUGCAGCCUCUGCGAGUCAAGAAGUUUCCCUAUCUUUGGUUAUGUUACAACGGUGAAAUCUACAACCACAUCAAGCUGAAGGAUCACUUUGGGUUUGAACAUCAGACUAAAGUCGAUGGCGAGAUUCUUCUGCACCUGUAUGAUCGCUUUGGAAUCAAGGAGAUGGCCUCAAUGCUAGAUGUCUGUUCUGAGGCAAAAGGUUUGCUAGAGAUCAAAACCUCCAUGUCCACUCCUGCAAAUAUCACUCCUUUUGAACCGGGACACUUUCAGGUGUUUGACUUGAAGCUCAAUGGAAAAGUGAAGUCUUUUCCGAUUGAUCGCUUCCAUUGCUGCACAAAAGAACCCAAACACGCCGAAUAUAACAAACUUGAGGGUCUUGGCACAGACUUUGAAUUGGAGACUGUCAAGAGCAACAUCAGGAUCCUGUUUGAGGAUGCAGUGAAGAAACGCUUGAUGGCUCACAGAAGAAUUGGUUGCCUUCUUUCAGGUGGUCUCGAUUCGAGUCUGGUAGCUGCUACACUUGUGAACCUGGCCAAACAAGAGGAGCUCCCGUAUCCCAUUCAAACGUUUUCCAUUGGUGCAGAAGACAGUCCAGAUGCUAUUGCUGCUCGCAAGGUGGCAGCCCACAUUAACAGUGAACACCACGAGGUGAACUUCUCACCUGAGGAGGGGAUCCGUGCGCUGGACGAAGUCAUCUUUCACUUGGAGAGUUAUGACAUCACCACUGUGCGUGCCUCUGUCGGAAUGUACCUGAUAUCAAAGUACAUCCGUGAGAAGACAGACAGCGUUGUGAUUUUCUCAGGUGAAGGAUCAGAUGAGCUGACACAAGGAUACAUCUACUUUCAUAAGGCACCGUCACCUAAAGCUGCUGCAGAGGACAGUGUGCGUCUGAUGAAAGAGCUUUAUGUUUAUGACGUGUUGAGAGCAGAUAGAACCACAGCUGCCCAUGGACUAGAGUUGAGAGUGCCUUUCUUGGACCACAGGUUCACUGCAUACUACCUCUCUCUGCCUGAAGAGAUGAGAGUGCCUAAGGAUGGUGUGGAGAAGCAUCUUUUGAGGGAGUCGUUUAAAGGUUUGAACCUCAUCCCAGAUGAGAUUCUGUGGAGAAGGAAGGAGGCCUUCAGUGACGGUAUGACAUCUCUGAAGAAAUCCUGGUACACCAGCCUGCAGGAGCACAUCGAGUCUAAGGUGAAUGACUUGCAGUUGGAGAAGGCGAAGAGUCUGUUCCCUGAAAAAACUCCCACGACCAAAGAGGGCUUCUUCAUAAGGCAGAUCUUUGAGAAACAUUACCCCGGCCGCUCCGAGUGGAUACCAGGUUACUGGAUGCCCCGCUGGAUCAAGGCCACUGACCCCUCGGCCAGAACCCUGUCCAUCUACAAGCCUGAUAAAGACCAGUAAUCAAAUCAAGCUUCAGCCCUUGCCUAGACCACGUUCUCUACAGCAUAUACACCUGCCGGUUCAAACAGUGCCAUCAGACAUUUGAAGUGGAUCAAAAUUGUCCUAAGACAAGAACUGAUAUUGUUUUGGUUUUAGGACAGCUUUGAAAGGUUUUCAUCCACUUCAAAUGCUGGCUACCCUUUCUCUGAUCAGUUUAUAUGUGUAUUUUCGAGGGUGGUGGGUUUAGUCUUUCCAAAAGAGUAUUUAGUUUAUUUUAGGAACGUUCUUUAAAGGUCAGAGUGAUGCUGUAUCUUCAGCUAAUGCAAUACAUUUCAAAAGAUAAAAAAUAGAGGCCUUGUCUGCUUUUCAGGCCUUUAAGCUUCCUUGCUUACUCCAUGUUGUUGUUUUUUUUUUUUUUUUUUUUUUUGUUUUUUUUUUUUUUGUUUUUUCUUAUGGAGCUUAAAUCUGUAAACAAACCACAGCAGAAGUGGGUUAGCAUAGCUUGUUGGUUAAUGAAAUCCUUUUAAAAAUUACACAGAAACCAUUGUUUCUUCUAAAAUAAUUUUGCUACUGUAGUAAAACAAUAAUAACUUAACAAUAAUUAAACAAGAAAAGGUCAAGUCUAAGAUACAGGAAGCUUCUUACACUGUUUGAAAGAGAUUCCAUGUUCAUUUAUAAUUUUACAUUAGUAACAAGCAGUAUAUACACUACCAUUUAAACAUUUUGGGUCAGUAAGAUAUAUAUAUAUAUAUAUAUAUAUAUAUUUGUUAAAUGCUUUGAAAGAAUCAAUCUUUACAUCAAUGAGCAAUUUGCAAAUCAACAUGUCAUUUGCAUUCUACGUGGCUGAGUUUUCAGCAAUAUUACUCCAGUCUUCAGUGUCACAUUAUCCUUCAAGAAUCAUUCAGAUAUGCUGAUUUGCUGCUCUGGAAACAUUUAUUAUUAUUAUUAAUUUUGAAAAUGGUUGUGCAUCUUAAUUUUUUAUUUAUUUUUUAUUUAUUUUUUUGUGACAAAUAGAAUGUUCAGAAGAACUUUUUUUUUUUUUAAACAAUGUAAAUGUUAGUACUGUUUUUUUUUUUUUUUUUUUUUUUUGUUUUUUUUUAAUCUUGCUGACCCCAAACUUAUGAUUGGUAGUUUAAAUAUGUGUUUUGAGUCCAGUAAUGAAUUAUUAUUCUGAACUGGAAACUGAACAGUUAUAGGGUCAAACUUUGCAGUCCUUGAACUGUUACCACUGUGUUCUUAAGCUAUGCAGGUUCCUUUAGUGGGACUUGGACUUUAAUGACUGAAUUUGUAUAUGUAAUGAUAUUAGUAAUUGGUUGGUAAAUUGAAAUGUAUUUAAAAAAUUAUAUUUAUUCCUGAAAACAAUUUGUCUGUAACAGCCUCAGAGUUGAAUGAAUUGCUCUGGUUGAAGUACAGUUCACCAUUUAGCCUUAAAUGGUGGUUUAGUAUUGAGAUUAUAAAUUGAGAAAUUGAGGAUUAUAGAAUGAAUUUAUUACUAUUUUUACACUAUAUAUUUGUAUUUUCUUUAGUGCACCAUCACUGUAAUCUGGUACGAAGAAACAGGAAUUACUGUAAAGAACCGUGUAUGUAGCUUGAAUGCUGAACAGUUCAAGACAUUUCAAUUAAUUGAGAUUUUAAUGUGUAAAACAUGCUGAAGCUAUUGCAUUACAACAUCUGGUCAUGAUACAGAUAAAGCCUUUGAUUAAAACGGCAGCCAUGAUGUGUUUUUUACCCUUGAAAGGAUGUUUGUUGAUGGUUGAAAUAUUCCUGAUGGCCUGUAGGUGGAUUGAGUGCAUCACCGUAAAAGCAUCAUUAGAGCAUCAGUAUGGCAAGCCAGUGUAUUCAUAUACACCUGGUCGGGCGUCCCGCUGACCCGCCAAAAGCGAGCAAUUUGACAGCAAAACUUACAUCCUCGACAGGUGGUUUGCCAUAAAAUCUUAUGUACGAUUUGGAGUCACAGAAAAUGUGCGUUUUGACGUGCGUUUAUCAUAACAAAAAUGGCUGUUGAAUAUGUGCAUUUUGAGUAGGAGAAAACACACAUUAUGAAAGCGUAAGCAGAUAAACCAAAGAGGCAGUGCAAAUGUGUUUAAAGUGUCCCAACAGGCAAAAAGAACAAACUUUUUUUCCUUGAUGUUCUCAAAAUUGCAUGUCGAGAGCAUGUGCUCACUUUUUACGGCUCGAGUCUGUCAUGUUUUGUCCACUAAACAGACCACUUUUUUUUUCUUUCCACUCAGAUAUCCCUUAUGAAAAUUAGCCAUGGUUUUAUUGUAGUAAAAGUGUAGUAACCAUGUGUUUUUUUUUUUUUGUUUUUGUUUUUUUGUUUUUUGGGCCUAUUGUUUACCAUUUGUAUAACUACAGGUUUACUACAAAUACCAUAGUUAAACUACGAUUAGUGUAGCACAACCAUGGUUAAUUUAUGGUUACCAUGGUUUUACUAUAGUAACCACGUUUUUAUUAUUUGUAGCAAAACCAUGGUUAAUUUUCGUAAGGGAUGUCGUAAUAAGAUCUUAUAUCAUUCAAAUGACAUAAUGAUAUUUUUUUGUUUUGUUUUUUUCUGUUAUAAGAUAUAUAUAUAUAUAUAUAUAUAUAUAUAUAUAUAUAU